UAGAACGGAUGUCUUUUCGGGAGGGAAACUUGGCUAGGUUUUUUUUUUUUGUCCCGGGUUUAGCACGGUUCUAAUAGAAGUGUCUAGAAAGUCACGAAGCGGCCUGGCGUUCACGAGGAUCAGCGGUCAUGUCUGGCAUAGCUCUGAGUCGACUCGCACAAGAGCGGAAAGCAUGGAGGAAAGAUCACCCUUUUGGCUUCGUUGCCGUUCCAACUAAGAACCCCGAUGGUACGAUGAACCUGAUGAAUUGGGAAUGCGCCAUUCCAGGGAAGAAGGGGACUCCGUGGGAAGGAGGUCUGUUUAAGUUAAGGAUGCUCUUCAAAGACGAUUACCCGUCAUCUCCUCCAAAAUGUAAAUUCGAACCGCCGCUGUUUCAUCCGAACGUGUACCCAUCGGGAACCGUGUGCCUCUCCAUUUUAGAGGAGGACAAAGACUGGAGACCUGCUAUCACGAUCAAACAGAUUCUUUUGGGAAUCCAGGAGCUUUUAAAUGAGCCCAAUAUUCAGGACCCGGCCCAGGCAGAGGCUUAUACCAUAUACUGCCAGAACAGAGUGGAGUACGAGAAGAGGGUCCGAGCACAAGCCAAAAAGUUCUCUCCCUCGUAGAUGGACAGACGGACGGAUGGAUAAUUCCGAGGGAAAGUGUCAGCACUCGUUUAUUUUCCGUCUUCUUCCUCCUCCUUUCCUCUACUUGCUGGGACUGAAAGGACUUGGCGUGAUGUCUGUGCCAUCUGCCCCAUCCCCACAGGCUCCACCCCCUUCUGAUAGUGAUGUCACAAACACAGCCCCUGCCCCCUGACAACCCCUCUGCAGGACAGCCCCUGCCUCGCUUUAUCGUCGGCCAAUCAGAAACGGACCUCAUCUAUUUCCCUAUUUUUUUUUUUCCUCCUUCCCCCAAAUCCCCCCCCUCCAGUCAAUGCAAACGUGGAGUGACUGAAUGAAAACUAUUAACUUUCUGUGUACGUGUCGUGAGUGAGUGUGUGUGUGUGCGUGUGAGCGAGUGUGUGUGUGUGCGUGCAUGUAUGUUUCUUCUUAUUUUAAUGUCAGACUUCCCUUCUUUGAUAAUUUUCUCCUCCAUGAUGCAGAGUGCGUGAGAAUGUUCAGUAGCUCGGCUAAGAUCUCUACAGCCUAAAACUGGGUGGAAUGAUCUCGCUUUCUCGCACGUCUCUCCAUCUUCCACACAGUAAGAUUAGUUUGUAAAAAAAAAUAAUAAAAAUAAAAAAUUUUAAAAAACAGAAGGAAAAAAAAAAAAAGAUUAGCUUAAGAGUUUAAAUCAGUUGUGGUGAUUCUCUGCUGUUCCGGUCUGUACUGAGUGGCUGCCACUCCAACGCACGCGAACGCUGGUUUAAGUUGACUAAUUGUACAUUUGGGGUCAUCGUAGGGUCAGACUUACUCAUACUCACCAGGAUAGCUUUUUUUUUUUUUUUUUUUUUGUUCGUUUGUUAAUGAUGGGAACAUGUGUCCUGCGUUCUUUGUUGGUUUAAUAAAGAUCUUUCUACAAAACGAUUGUCUCAAUCCACAAUCAAACAAAUCUCACUUAUAUUUAGGCUACAGAUUUAUUAUUAUUAUUAUUAGUAGUAGUAGUAGUAGUAUAUCAUUAUCAAUUACUCUUUACUACAUUGUUUCUUGUCAGAAAUGGUAUCAAAAUUCUUAAAGCUUCAUCUUACUCUGAGGUUUUUGUUCAUUUUUGUAGAAACUUUUGCUCCCAGUUUUGGUGAGAUCAUAAGAACUUGUACUUACACCUUCAUGCGGUACGUCAGUGCUUUUUCAGGGUAUCGGUUUACAUGAGGACUCGAGACGCAUUUAAAAACGUUCGAUUCCAGUCAGUCACUUACUUUGCCAGGUCUGAGAAUUCAGCCAGAUCUUAUACGAGUUCUCGAUUCUGGUUAGUCAGAAGCUCCUGAUUUAAAUGAACAAAAUUAUCGUUUCUAUAGUAACGACAUCCAACGCGACUCGUACACCAGACAGUCUGCAGACACAGAUCAACAUCGUUGAAUUGUUUUCCUGUAAAGAGCUGUCCGUUUAAAAUUUAUGGAAGGAGUCUCCGUUGUCAGCUCAUUCUUUAAUCACAGGUAAAGUUAGUUUGCGUGAUGGUGAGCCUUGCGGUUUGUUUGUUUUUUGUCUUAUUAAAUUGUCUGGCAUGAAGAUUUAUUGCAGGAGCCAACGUAUUUUGCAAGAUGUUCCACAAUGUUAAACUAUAAACGGAUAAAAAGUAUGUCGCUCUUUAAAAUGCUGUUAAAGGCAAAUGAUCAACUUCGUGUCAGUCUGCAUCACACCGCCAUUGAUUAUUUGCCUAUAACGGCAUGCCCCUGCAAGUGCUUUAUUACUUAUUUUAAAGUGUAGAUAUAGGAAAACACCCAUAUUUGGUAUACACAUGAAACUAAUUGCUCCUUAGAAAGAUAGUACUAUCUUGAGUCAUUUGAAAAGUCCUUAUUGAAACCUCUGCCCUAUGAUCUCCAGACUGCCGUGGCGUUUGUUAUGACUGCAGCCAGGGUUACGACAAUCUAAUCAGCCACUGUGUUUUUCUUACCUUAUGCCUUUUGGGGUAAAAUGUAAGAAAUUUAAAACACAAUGUAAAAUGUAAAUCGGAUGUGUUUAAAAAAUUUUGUCAGGACACGCCAUAACAUGCUUAGGUUUUAGUCUUGUUUUGUAUCUAUCCAUGUUAAAUGUGUUCAGGUAGUGUUGAGUGUUACAUGCCGCUGCACAUAUGUGAGACAUUUUACACCACGAUUAAACUGAACGAGUUAUACGAAUAAAAAAUAAAUGAUAUCUGCUUAGACUUUA